UUACAGACGAAUCUUUUGUGACACUGGUAACGAAUAAUCAGUAUGGUGUAGGAGCCUUAAUACUCGCUCUUUCUUUAAAGGAAGUAAAAACAAGCAGAAUGCUGUCAGUAAUUGUUACUGACAAAAUUUCUCGGGCUGUCGUUGAACGACUGCGAACAGUGUUCGACUUUGUAUUUACGGUAAAUGAAUUAAAUAGUAACGACGCAGCUAAUUUGGCUAUACUACAACGUCCUGAAUUGGGUGUUACUUUAACAAAAAUACUCGCUUGGGGAUUAACACAAUUUCGAAAAUGUUGCUUUAUGGAUGCUGAUACCCUGGUAAUUUCAAAUGUUGACGAUAUAUUUCAAAGGGAAGAAUUAAGUGCGGCUCCAGACGUGGGAUGGCCAGAUUGUUUCAACUCUGGGGUUUUUGUUUUCCUUCCUUCCAAGAAACAAUUAUCACAACUAAUUACAUUUGCGAAAAUGAAUAGAAGUUUCGAUGGUGGUGAUCAAGGAUUACUAAAUAUGUUUUUCAAUGACUGGGCUACUGCAGAUAUUAAAAAGCAUCUGCCCUUUACCUACAACUUCAACAUAAGCACGGGGUAUUCUUAUCUUCCUGCCUAUAAAUAUUAUGGUCAUCAAAUAAAAGUUAUCCAUUUUAUUGGCCCUUCGAAGCCCUGGCUUUGGGCUCGUGAUGAAACAGGUCGGACAGUUUUACCGAGAAGUGAUAUGGACUCAAGCCUUACAACGUUCGUACAGCGCUGGUGGGAUAUUUAUAAUAAAUAUUGUGAACAAGAGGAAGUCGCACAAAUUUUUAACGCGUCUAAGCAUAGCCCUCAAGUAUUGCCAGAAAAACAAUAUUUUUUUAAUUUUCAUCUAGUCGCGGAUCACACGGUCUUUUCUGCUAAUGGAGAUAAUAUCGACAGAACCGUAGCAAAAAUGGAUAGGCUUUUACGAGCUGUUAGUAGUUUUUAUGCUAAACAAAACGUAUUUAAUGACCCUAGGGAAAUAUUAACAUUUACCGGUGAUUAUGAAAUAUACAUGUCCCCUGGGCCCGUCAAUCCGGCAACCAUUCCUACUUUAAGCGGGGCCCAGAUCUUAAGAAAAUUUGGCACUGAAAACUAUUCUCAGUAUGACCUUGCCAUCUUGUUUACAUUACUUGAACUUCAGGGUUGCAGGGGGAGAUCCGUUUUAGGGGCUAUAUGUUCCCAUGAACAUACCAUAGAUAACGGAGAAUUAGUUUAUCAGAACGUCUUAUUUGUAAACUUUAAGAAUGAAGAAUCCAAACCUUUCUAUUCUCAAACGUUGAUAUUGGCACAUGAAAUAGGUCAUAGUCUUGGAUUAACUCAUGAUACAUCGACUUAUGUUAUGAGUCCUUAUCAUCUUCCAGAGAACCUCUUGGAGUUUUCUUCUAGUAAGAAGGAUGAUCUUAAGAAAAUUUGGAAAAAAAUACCUUGUUUGAAAUCUAAUAGUAAACUUUAUAAGGAUGGACAUAUAUUUGGGAAUGCAUUAAGUUAUGGAGAAUUUUUUAAUUUUGAUAAAAAAACCAAUGUUAAUGUAAUCUCUCCGGGGAGAGCAAAAGUUGAGGUUAGAGUUAUACCGCCUGUAAAGCGCGAGGUUACAGCGAAAAUUAUAGUUAAAGUUGAACCGCCUGUAGCGGGUAGUGUUGGGACUACUUCCUCUACAGAGAAAAGCAGUAACAGAGCUACGACCCCGGGUGAUAAUGUAAUGCCUAAGAUUUCACCAGAGAUUGAGUUUACUACUAAGGAGCCUGCAACAAGUAGUGGUAGCGCCACAGUACAUCCAGGAGUUGGAGCUUCUAUGGAGUCAUCAAAAAUCGAUAAAACUUCCACUUCCUCAAAAAAUAGCGUUCAAAAUACUGUGCUCUUGAACAUGAAUACUGACAUUACGUCAUCUAAGGUUUUUCCGAAUCUUGAUGCUAAAGCUAAACAGUCUUCGGCUAUCUGUCCGAGGACUUUAAUAACUAUUGCCACAAUAAUGCUGUUAACUUGCAUUAUAGUGCUUGAAUAGUGGUACUGUAUAUAGC